AUGCAUUCAAGCUCGGAUUCAAAACCUUUCAAAAGGGCAUCGGUUGCCUGUGCCCGGUGUCGUGGGCGCAAAGUGCGCUGCGAUGUUGCGAUCAAUGGUAGGUGGUGUACCAACUGUCGACUUGAUGGUGUAUCCUGUGUGGUCGUCUAUGCCAAGAAGACUAGGAGGUUUGUCCGACAUGAGAAGUCCGUUCUUCCAUUCACUGAAGUCGAUAGCGAAAGACGGAUGGGCACAGUUGCCGCUGAGCGCGCAGCCCCAACCAAAGGAUCAAGGCGAUCUGAGCGGGCUUUGGCAGACCAUGCCAGUCUAGCGACUGAUUGUGGGGUGAUACCUAACCCCAAGGGUGGGAUACAAGCGUCUUCUCACCGAAUAGACGGAAGUGAAGAAGUGGCCACAAACAUCGUUUCGAGCCACGGCAGCUGUCCAGAUCCGAGCACCCACGAAAUAUUCCCGCAAACUACCCUCAGGCACUGUCAAAAGAUCAACAAUGAGCCAUACACAUCUCAUAACAUUUGCAGGGAAUUGGAUCUAAGUAGCCUUCCCCGAACAGAUGCUGAGUUUCUUGAAAAGAAAGGUUGCUUUCAUCUUCCGUGCAGGUCACUACUUGAUGAAUUCACCAAAGUAUAUUUCCAGUUUGUGCACCCAAUGCUUCCUGUUAUUGACGAGGAGACUUUCUGGGGCACCUAUAAUCCCAUGGAUAGUGAUCCGGAAAAAUCCCCCUGUUUGUCACUUUUUCUACUCCAGGCAAUGCUUUUCGCAGCUUGUGUACACAUAUCCCCCCAUGUUUCGAGGGAGAUGGGCUUUUCAACCAUCCGCACUCUACGUGAUUCUUUUUACCAUCGGGCUAAGCUUUUGUACGAUUUUCGCACCGAGUCUGAUGUAUUGCAGUUGACCCAGGGUGCAUUGCUUUUAACCUAUCAGGGAAACCAGGCUGGUAGGGUUUGGCUGACAAACGCCAUUCAGCUUUCGGUUUCUAUGGGAGCCCACCUCUACAAAGAUCUUCCAAAUGAUGAGCAGUCGCAAAAGGCCACAAAGAAGCGUAUAUGGUGGUGUCUCAUCCGUCAAGAUCGAUUCAUGGCAUUAGCACUCAGACGUCCUGUCCAAGUCCUGCCUCAUGUUUUUGACACGCAGGUGGCAAAACUUGAAGAUGGUUUUGAGAGUAUUUCGAUUUAUUCAGAGACGCCUGACCAAAGCACGAAGCCGCGGCUAGAAGGGACGUUCAAUGUUCAAUGUUGGCUCGCAGUUGUGCUCACCGAGUUAAUUAUGCUGGUGUAUUCCCCUCGCAGUAUCUACACCACUGGAAAGAUGGAAGUGUCUGACGUAUUGGCUCUGGUCGAGAAGGUCCAUGCCGUUGAAGCUGGUAUGGCAUUGUGGCUACAGAAAGCCACGGAGACAUUGAACCAUUCUUCCAUCAUGACUGGAGGCUGCUAUGAAACAGUCAACGCAACCUCACAAACAGUAUAUAUAUACUACCACUCUGGCCAGAUUGCUCUUGGCCAGUAUAAAGCCUUCCUUGCAGAGCUGUAUCCAGCAUAUGUCGAGAACAUCCCGGCACUGGGACAGGAAAGAGUUUGCAGACAUAUUUAUGAUGCUGUCUCAUCAGUGAACUACCAUGUCAGACAGCUCAUUCUUCGCAGGGUGGUCCAUGCCGUUUCUGCAGAUAUAGUUUUAUAUACAGCGUUUCCCAUUUUAUGUCUAAUGAUCGACGUUCAACUUGCAUCCUCAGCUGGCCAGUUAGAAGAAGCUCGGCGUCUUUCCAUGUACAGUUUGGAAAUACUCAAACAUUGCGAGGAACGCAUCCUGGAAGGAGAUGAUGUCUUGUGCUUCAUUGCAGCAGCUUUCAAGCGUGCCCAUGGGUUACUAAUCCGUCAAUUACCCUCCGACUUGAUAACAAUGGGGGAGAAUACGGGCUAUCUCUCCCCAAGUGAAGACUCCAUGAGCGAUAGUCAAUUAUUUUCAAUGGACUCUUUCACGACGAUUUACGAGUACCUGAGACGCCAUGAACCUCUCCCCCAACAUAGCGUCAUGCCACAAAGUUGGGAUGACCUUCUUUUGCACUAUCCACGACUCUACCUCCACCUUUCGCUGUUCCUGGACACUUGUAUCUCUCGGAAUUCACUCCCAAAAUCCUACGACCUGCCGAGAUUGGUUCGUAACUUUGAUGAUGGGCGUUCAGAGGGUCGCACAAGCCUUCUGGAAAGUGUUCCCUAUGGAUGCUUGGAAGAUAGACAGAUUUCGCCCGAAAAUUCCGUGACGCAGUCAUUAGGAGAUUCUGAGGCCACAGGGGAAAGUGACAUUCUUGCCAUGAAUUUGUUGCAAGACAUCUUCUCGCUUGGAGACAUUACGAUCCAGAAUACUGCCAUGGACAGUUCACAUUUUGACCUAGAAGAUUAUAAUCUGGGAACCAUUGCCUUUUUUGGGGAAUAG